AAAAGAUAAAAAAAAUUCUCUCCCUCUUCUCACUUUCUCUCCCCCAUACCCUUCUUCGUCUCCUUCUCGCCUCUCUCCCAUGGCGAAGCCUCGGCCGGCGAAGCGAAUCCUGGACUCCUAUACGAUCAAAGGAUCCAACAAAACAAUCAAGCCCGGGGACUGCGUGCUGAUGCGGCCGCCAGACUCGUCGAAGCCGCCGUACGUGGCGAGAGUGGAGAGCAUCGAGGCGGGGGCGCGAGGCUCCAACGUGAAGGUGCGGGUACGGUGGUACUACCGGCCAGAGGAGUCAAUCGGGGGUCGGCGCCAGUUCCACGGUGCCAAGGAGGUCUUCCUCUCCGACCACUACGACGUCCAGAGUGCCGACACCAUCGAGGGAAAGUGUUUCGUUCACAGCUUCAAGAACUACACCAAGCUCGACGCUGUCGGCAACGAAGAUUUCUUUUGCCGGUUCGAGUAUAAGUCCGCGACUGGUAGUUUCAUUCCCGACAGAAUCGCUGUGUUUUGCAAGUGUGAAAUGCCUUACAACCCUGAUGACCUUAUGAUCCAGUGUGAGGGCUGCUCUGACUGGUACCAUCCUGCUUGUAUAGAUAUGACUGUUGAGGAAGCUAAGAAGCUUGAACAUUUCUUCUGUCAAAGUUGCUCCUCUCAAAAUGAAAAGAAGACAGAAAAUUCUCAUAGUGCUUCAAGACAAUCGGAAUCAAAGGUGUGGAUGCCCUUUUGGGAAAUGAUGCUGCAUGGUACCCAGUUUGGGGUGACAAUUCAACCCAAUGGAGGUUGAAUCCAAGAGGCGGAGAAGGUGAAUAACACAACUGAUGCCCAUAUGUUUUAUCCACGGGGUUGUAUAGAGUGGUCUGCCAGUUUCAGGUAUGUAAAUGUUCAGAUGACAGUGUUUGUAUUUUAGAGGUUACAUGGGGCUCCCGUUAGUCCCUGUAAAGCAUGUAGUAUUUGGUAUCCUUCAGUUAUGGAAGAUUGAAGAGAGCCGUCUGGUCUCAUCCAGUCUGUGUAUAUAUUUAUUGGGGUUUGCAUGAUAUCAUUAGAUACAUGUUUAAAAGCACUCAAACAAGGCAUUGUAGAGUCACUGCGGAUUAUGUAUUUGCUCCCCAUCAAGUCGGGCAACAAUAAUUUCUAUUAGAUGCUUUAAUUUGCCUUCUUA